CCCGUUUCACUUCAUUUGAACUCGCAGAAAACAGGGAGGCCCCUCUCCCUGCAUCUCCACCUUCGAUAAGAAACACAAGCAGCAGCGCCUCUCUCUCGGCAGUCACACCCAAGUGUUGCUUCGAAAAUAGUAGGAAGAUGAGAUGAGGAAACAUGGCAAGGCCGAUCCCCUCUCAUUUCUCCUCUUGUCUUGGCUUCUCAUCCUCCCUCUCGUCUCCUCCUGCUCGGGGAGCCAUGGUCACAUGCCGCGCCUGCGGCGGCUUGUCCAAGAGGAUCAAGAUGCGGACGACUCGUCCUUCCCCAACUCCCGCCUCCGUGACGCCUACAUUGCCCUCCAGGCAUGGAAGCUCGCCAUCGUCUCCGAUCCUAUGAACCUCACCGGCAACUGGGUCGGCCCCGCCGUCUGCAACUACACCGGCGUCUUCUGCUCCCCUCUCCCCUCCGACCCCACCCUCACUGUCGUCGCUGGCGUCGACCUCAACCACGGCGACCUCGCCGGCUACCUUCCCGACCAGCUCGGCCUCCUCGCCGACCUAGCCCUCCUCCACAUCAACUCCAACCGCUUCUGCGGCACCCUCCCCCGUUCCCUCCGCCGCCUCGCUCUCCUCCACGAGCUCGACGUCAGCAACAACCGCCUCGCUGGCCCCUUCCCCGAUGUCGUCCUCCGCCUCCCCUCCCUCCGCUACAUCGAUCUCCGAAUCAACGAGUUCGAGGGCGCGGUGCCCCCGGAGCUGUUCGACAGGGACCUCGACGCCAUCUUCCUUAACCACAACCGCUUCGCCUUCGACAUCCCCGACAACCUCGGCAACUCCCCCGUCUCCGUCGUCGUCCUCGCCAACAACCGCUUCCACGGUUGCCUGCCCGCCGGCCUCGGCAACAUGUCGAGGACGCUCAACGAGAUCAUCCUCAUGAACAACGGCCUCAGCUCCUGCUUCCCUCCGGAGAUCGGCCUCCUCAGGAGCCUCACCGUUCUCGACGUCAGCUUCAACAGGCUUGUUGGGCCACUACCGAACGUCGGCGGGAUGGUCAGCCUGGAGCAGCUCGAUGUAGCACACAAUCUGCUUUCCGGAGGUAUCCCGGCCUCGAUCUGCGGUUUGCCGCGCCUCAAGAACUUUACCUAUUCCUACAACUUCUUUACCGGGGAGCCGCCCCAGUGCUUCGCGGUCGAAUCGUUCGACGACCGCCGCAAUUGCCUUGCCGACAGGCCGAAGCAGCGCUCAGAGCGCCAAUGUAACUCGUUCCUGUCUCAUCAUCCCGUCGACUGCUCUGCUUUUACUUGCAAGCCCUUCGUGCCGGCCCUCCCUCCUCCGCCGCAACCGUCACCUCCUCCACCUUUUCCGCCACCGCCGUCGCCUCCUCGACUCCCUCCGCCACCGCCGUCGCCACCUCCACCUUCUCCGCCGCCGUCGCCUCCUCAACCGUCCUCUUCUCCUCCUCCACCGUCGCCUCCCCCUCCAUCCCCUCCACCUCCGUUGCCGCCUCCACCUUCUCCACCACCGCCGUCGUACUGUAUCCGAUCUCCAUCACCGCCGCCGCCAGUCUACUGCUCACGAUCUCCGUCGCCUCCCGUCUACUGCAAUCGGUCUCCACCGCCACCUAGCCCCAUCUUCCCUACACCGGCAUAUUCUCCAUCUUCGCUGCCACCAAGCCCACCCCAUUCUCCUCCAUGGCACUCAUCUCCACCACCUUCGAUCUAUUCAGCCCCUCCGCCACCGAACUCACCGCCGCCUCCGUCUUACCCACCACCGCCUAACUCACUGCCGCCUCCGUCGUACUCACCACCACCCAACUCCCAGCCGCCGCCGCCGCCUCCAUCAAACUCACCUCCACUCCCACCUCCAUGUGUCGAACCGCCACCACCUCCUUGUAUCGAACCGCCUUCACCGCCAUGCAUCGAGGCGCCGUCACCUGCACCCUCACCCGUAUACGACGAACCAUUGCCGGCUAUCAUUGGAAUUUCAUAUACAUCACCUCCACCUCCCGUCUUUUAAUUCUUCUGCAUAUCUUUUUGCCACCCACCUACCCUCCGUCGGCAAAGUUGGGAAUUUUCUUUUCUUUCUUCCUUUCUUUUGAUGAGGAUUCUUGCGGUGAAGUCCUCCAUCAGAUUCUCUCCAUUGUCCUCCUUGGUUCUCUCCUUUUCCUCUCUCAUUCCUCCAGCAAAGCAAACAACCAAAUUGCUCGACUUGUGUUGUUGCUACAAGUAGAUGUUCUUCAAGGUUAUGAAGGCGUGGAUGGAAGAAGGAAACAGCUUACAACGACUCCGUUGGUCAUUCCAUGGCAUAUGGAUGAAGGAUAUUAUUCUGAAUCGUGAAUAAAUGUGUGAAGGAUCAGAGUCAGAGGUUUCAAGUAAAAUCUCAUCUGUUCGUGUUCUUCUUCUAUCAGUUCUUGUUUCAACAUUCGAUUAAUCAACAUUCCUGUACACUGUUGCCUGCUGUGAUGGGAUUACGUUUUCUCGAUACAACGACGCGGAUUUCAAUCAUAAACCCAAACCAAAUCUAAUUAAAGGAUGCUUUUAUAUGAGUUAAUUGUGUGUCUA